AAGACAUAUGUUCCUCGUUAUGGGGAGGUUUAAUUCAUGACAUGGUCGAUCCAGGUUGUGGCAAUACCUGAACAAAGUACUACGUGUAGUUAUGCUUCUUGAAUGUAUCGGUUAACAUUUUGUUUAUUGACACGUUCAAUUUACCAAACAGAAAGCAUAUCGAAUGUAUCGCCUGAAGGCUGAUUUACCGAUUUUCAAUUUAAAAAUCUGGCAUUCAAGUCAAGAGGAUACGGAAAUAGUAAAUUACUUGCAGUGUUUCGUUUCAAAGUUCACGAGGUUGUGUGUGAAAUAGUUCUUGAAUUAUUAUUGAUAGCAAGAAUACGGGACAGAUAUUUCAGGGAGAUAUAAUAAUGUAGAAUUUUGGAUAAUAAACAUGGGAUGCUUAAAGUCGCGGUUUGCCUCCAACAAUAACAAGGAAAAAUAUGUCCAGCCGGAAGUGCCAGUACUGACAGACACACAUAUUGAAAUUUUGGAGAAAUCGUGGGACUCGCUAAAGCAUGAUAUUGCCAAAGUAGGAGUUAUAACCUUUAUGAAUUUAUUUCAAACUCACCCAGAAGUGCAAGAUGCCUUUUUGCCGUUCCAGCAACUUUCAAAAGAAGACAUGGAACACAGCGCCAUUCUACGGUCACAUGCUUUGAGGGUUAUGGGAACUGUAGAAAAGUGCAUAGGCAGAAUAAAAACUCCCGAAAAAUUACAUAACCUUAUGCACGAACUGGGAGAGAGGCAUACGCACUACAAUGCAAGAUACGAUUUUGUUGACCUGGUUGGAAAUCAAUUUGUUAUUGCCAUCAAGCCUCAUUUUGGAGACAAGUGGACACAGGAAAUGGAAGCUGCUUGGGUACAACUUUUUAAGGUCAUGACCUUUCACAUGAAAAGAGGGCUGAUAGAUGCACCAGUAGUGACGUAUUAAAAGAGCAACAGUUGGUGAUCUUUGUCCAAACAUUCCAUUGAGUCUCUUUCCAUUAUUAAAAAGGAGGCAAUAGUAAAGACACCAUACAGAAAAAAAAAAACAUACAUCGAACAAUGCAUAUGUGAUAGAUUUUACUACUCUCAUAAUAGAAAUCAAGUUACAUGUAUGUGAUAAUGUAAGCUAAGGAAUUCUGAUUUGUAUAACAUUCAUGAAUGUAAUGUAAUUGAAUGCAGUGUAAAUUAAACACGGGAUAUAUUGAGGUACAUUGUUAUGAACGUGCAAAAAGGUAUUUCUUACUUGAAUACAUGUAUGAAAUACA